GUGGAAUGUCAAGUGGAUCUGGUAGACAGUCUCUUUAACGAGUAUGCACAAAUAACCCAUUGUUAUUCGCCUCCUUCUUCUCUCCUUGUCGGUCAAGUCCACUCGACUCUUGAGACCUCUUGCCCCGACAUCUUUUCUGCUUCUUAUUGGUCCGAUUUAUUCGUGCUUGUGAGCGUGGUCUCGGAAAAAGAAUUUGUUGAUCUGAAGCAAGCCUUGUCAAACUCCGAUUCUGGACGAACUGCAUUCGAUCCUCACCCUUCUAUUUCCAAUUUCCCCGUACAUCUCGAUGAACCUUUUCCCACAGAUGCUAUAGUCGAGCAUUUGCCUCUUCCUUCUGGUAGAGAAACUAACAAAUCAGAGGUGGCAAGCAAAUCCGUGGCAACUUUAUCUCCUGAUCCCAGUGCCCUUCCACCAUUUUUCUUUCCUGCCAGCCUUCCACCGCCUUCACCGCCCUCGCUUACUACUGCGAAUGACUGGAUGGUCUGCGUUUCAGGAGGUAGGCUCUGA